AUGAGCAGCCCAGAACCACUGCGGAUCGCCGUCCUCGUCAACACGCCCCCUAAUAAUGACUUUUGGAAUGAUGUCAGGGACUCAUAUCGUGCUGCCUUUGAAACCGCUGCACCCGACUCCCAAAUCGACAUGUACGACCCUGUCUUCCAGGGCAGCUUCCCUAAUCCCCAAGAAUACGACCUGAUCGUCCUGAGCGGAGGCAAAGCGGAUGCCUCGUCUUCUGAGCCCUGGGUCCUGGGUGUGUUAGAAUUCCUGCGUAAAACAGCGCAAGAGUCACCUAAGACCAAGAUUCUUGGGAUCUGCUGGGGCCACCAGGCUAUUUCGAGGGCAUUUGGUGGAGAGGUGCGAGCUGUGCCUACGGGACCAAUCGCUGGCGUUGAAGACGUAAAGUUGACAGAAGCCGGGAAGAAAUUCUUCGCUUGUGCCGCAGGCGUUCACUCUUAUAAAUUGCCAGAGUUCCAUGUACGAGAGGUGGAAAAGCCCGGAUUGGGCUUUGUUCACUUAGCUGAGAACCAUGAAAUGUUCGUGAAUCAAGAGAAUACGGUCUUGUCGUUCCAAUCACAUCCGGAGGUCCCGGCCACACUCGCCAAGAAACUGUUGUUGGAAGAGGACGAUGUUUACAAUGGUAACCUCUCUCCGGAGGAACUAGAGGAUCAUCUGAAAAAGCUCGAUCAGCCAACGGAUGGCGUCAAGGUGCUGAGACGGGUCAUUGAGUGGGUGAGGGAGUGA